AUGACCAUCACCUGCACGGUUGUGACUCGAAAGAAUGGGAUGGCCAGCCAUCAGCUUCUGCCUGUGGGUCUCGAUGUGUUGAUGGGAGCACUUGCUCGCCCCCACCUGUGCAGGAGCCGGGGCAAUAUCUCAAUAUCCCCAGCCUGGUGGGGGGCCAUCGGCCAGUUACCCGUCCCCUAUGUGGCCACCAAGGGCACGGUAACCGUCAUGACUGAAGCCUUGGCCUUGGAUGAGAGUCAGUAUGGCAUCUGGCCUCUAGGUGGCAUGGGCCAGCCUGCCCACGUGGGGGCCACUGCUGUAUUACUGGCCACUGAUGCCAACUUGUCCCCGCUAGCCCCGCGGGACUACAGCUCCCCGAAGGCCUUGCGGCGGCGCCUGCGAUUCCCUGGCCUGUCGCCUGGGGGCGGCGGGGCCCGGGCCCGCAUGGUGGGUCUAGCCCGCGCCAAAGGAAAGGCCCGCAGGGAGUAA